AGGAGAGGCAUCUUUCAACACGUGGUUCCUCCUUCACUUCUCACAGAGAUGAGAGGAGCAGCUAUGAGUCUAACUGCAGCAGCGAGUGGAUUAGUCGUCUUCCUGCUCUCUGUGUCAGUGGUUCAGGGUCAGGAUGGCUGGGGAGUGGCUUACACUUCUACUGAGAUCUGUGCAGUGAAAGGAUCAACAGUGGAGAUGAGAUGCAGCUACAAAUACCCAUCUACAAUAAGUGGCCGUGUUAACAGAGUAGAGAAAAUAUUCUGGUUCACUAAAUGGAAAGGUGGUGAACGUGUAGAUCUGACCACAGACCCAGAGUAUGCAGGUCGUGUAGAGGAUCUCUGUGAAAACAACAUCUGCACUCUGAGAAUCAGAAACCUGACAGAGAGCGACUCAGCUGAGUACAAGUUCAGGAUCGAAACAAACCAAGAAGGAGGAACAUUUACUGGUUCACAUGGAGUCAGUUUGAAUGUCACAGGUCUCACGGUGCAGGUUGAACCCACAUUUACUAACCGGGCAGAGCUGAAGUGUCAGAGCAGUUGUCUUGUACCCUCUGGUCAUUAUGUCUGGUACAGGAACGGAGAGAAAACUAGGACUGCAAUAUAUUCUACUCUCUUAUUCACAUUUGGUGAUACAGGCACAUAUUCCUGUGCUCUGAAAGGACAUGAAGACUUCCCCUCUCCUGCAGUGUAUGCUCCAAAGCGUCCCUCUGUGUCAGUGAGUCCCUCUGCUGAGAUAGAGGAGGGCAGUUCAGUGACUCUGAACUGUAGCAGUGAUGCUAACCCAGCAGCUAACUACACCUGGUACAAGGAGGAUGGAAAUCAGAAACGUCCUCCUCUCACUACAGAACCACAGCUUUUCUUCAGCUCCAUCCAGUCCUCUGACUCUGGACAGUAUUUCUGUACAGCUGAGAACGAGCUGGGGAAGAUCACAUCAAAAGUGAACUCUGUUGAUGUGAAAUAUGCUCCAAAGCUCCCCUCUGUGUCAGUGAGUCCCUCUGCUGAGAUAGAGGAGGGCAGUUCAGUGACUCUGACCUGUAGCAGUGAUGCUAACCCAGCAGCUAGCUACACCUGGUACAAGGAGAAUGAAGACUCUCCAAAAGCUUCAGGACAGAUCUUCACCAUCACUGACUUCAGAGCUGAACACAGUGGGAGUUAUUCCUGUGGAGCCCAGAACAAGUUAGGACGUAGUAACUCCACCUUUCAUCUGAGUGUUGUGGCAGGGAGUUCAACAAUGAUAGUGAAUAUCAUCAGGAUGACUCUGGGGGUCUUGAUGCUGAUUCCUGUGUUUCUCGUGGGUCUGUGGAUCAGGAAGAAGAAAGCUCUGAGGUCCACUGCACGUGAACCUGUAGAGAUAGAGUUGGACUCUAUUCCUGAGUAUGAGAACGUCUCACACACUGCAGCACAGACAGAAGACAGAGAGUAGCAGGACGACCUGGUGUGAAGUCCAGUCAGGUUAGAGCCUCCUGCAUCAGAUCAAACAGGCCCACUCCACAUUUAGAGUCACAGUUCCAGCUGUAACUUUACUCAAAGUCUCCUGUGAUUUUCUUCAGACGCUCACCUGAUGGAAACAAAGAAGAACGACGUUGUAUAUAUUCACCUUCAACUCCCAACAUUUUUCAUUGUCAGUUUCCAGUAGCAGCAGCUUGUAGGUUUAGAAGAAUGUGAAGUGAAUCAUGUCGAGGUGUCGAACAUGAUGUAGUGUUAAGAUCAGCUGAUGGUCAUGUGCUCUAACGUGCUGAUUUAACUAUACAUGCUUAUAUGUUAUAUGUACAUUUGUUGAUAUUACAAAAGUCUAGGAUAAGUCUUACGCAAAUUGUUGCUUUUAAAUUCAACAUAAUGAAUUCUUUUUAAAUAUCUUGGUUUGUAGCUGUCCUGCCUGAGAGAGACCUCAAAGCAUCACAUUUUACUCCAUGUACAGUUUAGAUUUGUUCACACUGAAAUGAAAAAUAAGCUCACUAGUAGAAAACCUUGAUGUUACAUUUUCCAAGUGUUAGUGUGUAAGACUCAAAUCAACAGCAGGCUUCUACAACAAGUUAAGGACAAAGCUUGUGUUCAGAAAUUCAGUUUUUCCGAAUUUCUUACUGAUUAGCUAAAAUCUAAUAAAUCUUGCUUUUGUUUUUCUCCCAAAUUCUCACUAUGGUGAUAACUCUAUGUACAGCCUGGGCAUUUCUACUUUCAGAUCAGGCAGAAACACGCCUGAGUUUAAAUUCCCGUACUGUACACUAAGAGAACAAAAGCUCUCCUAACUGGCUCGCCAAAUUAUAUCGGAGAUGGAAAUCAUAUUUGGGCCAGAUUAUGAACACAAAGCUCCUUACCAACAUGUUUUUAAAUUUAGUUUUCACAGGUUCAAAAAAGUUCUGAGUUCUGAGUUUGAUGUAUAGAGAUGUAUUCGUCCAGAGUCUGGGACAAAGACUGAUAUCCAAAGCAUAAUAAAGAGCAUUUAUAUAAGAA